CCGGAGCCCCGCGCAGAGCCGGGAGGGAGGGGCCGGAGGCGGGGCGGCCCCGGAGGCGGCGCGCGGCCCCCGCCGGGUUCAGUCUCCUGCCGAGCCCAGCCCCGGCCGGCGCGAGCGACGGCGAUCGCUGAGCCACAGCCCGGGCCCGCGGACCCGAGCGGCCGGCCGCCAUUCGGCCCCGGCCUGGGCACGUCCACCCGGAGGCACCCGCGUAAAUGCUCAACAUAUUUCCUGUGAAGCAUAAGAAUUCCUAAUUGUGGAAGUAUAUCCACAAGCACCAUUAACUAUUAAGUGAGGAAAAGUAUGAAAGAAACCUCUGGUUGAAUCUACAAUUUGAAGAUCACCUCAUCCACUCAAAGUUACAGGAUGGAUCUGCACCAAAGUACCACCAUCACUUUUCUUGAGAAAUGGUGUUUGGAUAAGUCACCCUCUGGCUACAGGAGACACUGUAAUGUCAGGAAAAAACUGAAGUUAAUUCGAAUCGUAGGUCUCUUCAUGGGCUUGGUGGCCAUUAGCACUGUCCCAUUUUCAAUCAGUGCCUUUUCUGAGACAGACACACAGAGCACAGGAGAGGUCAAUGGUGCAAGUGGCCCUGGGGUAGCACAAGGUUACCAUCAAAGAACUCUCUUAGAUUUAAAUGACAAGAUUGAGGAUUAUACUUCACAGACACCUUCUUCUCAGGAAGGCAAGACUGAGAAUAAUAGUACUGCACAUGAGCAAGGAGACUACCCGAGAGACAUCUUUUCCUUGGAGGAAAGAAGAAAAGGCGCCAUCAUUCUCCAUGUCAUUGGAAUGAUCUACAUGUUCAUAGCCUUAGCCAUUGUCUGCGAUGAGUUCUUUGUUCCUUCUUUGACUGUCAUCACUGAAAAACUGGGCAUCUCAGAUGAUGUGGCUGGAGCCACCUUUAUGGCUGCAGGGGGCUCUGCCCCAGAACUUUUUACAUCUCUCAUAGGGGUAUUUAUUGCUCACAGCAAUGUUGGCAUAGGCACAAUCGUGGGCUCAGCCGUGUUCAAUAUCCUCUUUGUUAUUGGCAUGUGUGCUCUGUUUUCUAGAGAAAUCUUAAACCUGACAUGGUGGCCACUCUUUCGGGAUGUUUCCUUCUACAUUGUUGACUUGAUCAUGCUGAUCAUAUUCUUCCUGGAUAAUGUUAUCAUGUGGUGGGAAAGCUCACUUCUCUUAACAGCUUAUUUUUGCUAUGUGGUUUUCAUGAAAUUCAACGUCCAAGUAGAAAGAUGGGUGAAGCAAAUGCUAAAUCGCAAUAAGGUCGUCAAGGUGACAGCCCCAGAAGCCCAAGCAAAGCCAUCAACAGCCAGGGACAAGGAUGAACAGGCUCUACCGGCUAAGCCUCGUCUCCAGCGAGGUGGAAGUUCUGCCUCCCUUCAUAACAGCCUCAUGAGGAAUAGCAUCUUCCAGCUCAUGAUACACACCCUGGACCCUCUUGCUGAAGAACUUGGAUCAUAUGGAAAACUAAAAUAUUAUGACACAAUGACUGAAGAAGGGAGGUUCAGAGAAAAGGCUUCCAUUCUGCACAAGAUUGCCAAGAAGAAAUGCCAGGUGGACGAGAACGAGAUGCAGAAUGGGGCUGCCAAUCACGUGGAAAAAAUUGAGCUUCCAAACAGCACCAGUACAGAUGUUGAAAUGACGACACCAAGUGAUACUUCAGAACCUGUGCAAAAUGGAAAUCUUUCCCACACUGUUGAAGCUGCAGAAGCCCAGACCACAGAAACAGGGGAAGAGGAGGAUGACCAGCCUCUGAGCCUGGCCUGGCCUUCCACCACCCAUAAGCAAGUCACCUUCCUGAUUGUGUUCCCCAUCGUGUUUCCUCUCUGGAUUACCUUACCUGACGUACGCAAGCCUGCUUCAAGAAAGUUUUUUCCCAUCACGUUCUUUGGCGCCAUCACCUGGAUUGCAGUGUUUUCUUACUUGAUGGUGUGGUGGGCACAUCAGGUUGGAGAGACAAUUGGCAUUAGUGAAGAAAUUAUGGGUCUGACCAUCUUGGCUGCAGGGACAUCCAUCCCUGAUCUGAUCACCAGUGUCAUCGUGGCCCGGAAGGGGCUUGGAGACAUGGCUGUGUCUAGCUCUGUUGGGAGCAACAUUUUUGACAUCACCAUUGGGCUCCCAUUGCCCUGGCUUCUGUACACCUUCAUUCACCGAUUCAAACCAGUGGCCGUCAGCAGCAAUGGCCUCUUCUGCGCCAUUGUCCUCCUCUUCAUCAUGCUGCUCUUCGUCAUCCUCUCCAUUGCCCUCUGCAAGUGGCGGAUGAACAAAGUGCUGGGCUUCACCAUGUUCUUCCUCUAUUUCGUGUUCCUGGUGGUCAGCGUCCUCCUGGAAGACAGAAUUCUUGUGUGCCCUGUGUCCAUCUAGCAGGAAUAGCCAUAUCUUGAACUAACAGCAUGGGUGGCCCUUGCCACUCUGGGUUUUAGGCUCCUUGUCCUCAGAAGAGGAGGCAGCUGGCUCGAAGCCCUCCUCGGUGGGCUCCAGGUGGGGUGCACUCACCCAUCUCCCAGGCUGCUUCUACCUUUGCCUGCUGAAACAGCUUCAUGCAAGAGACAAAGAGAACCAUGCAUUUGGAGCUACUCUCCAUCACCACUGACAGGUACUCCUCGCUGGUCGGAGGUACAUUUGUUGUAAUUAUGCAAACAAUGACAGAGGCGAUACAUAUAAAAUAUACAUAUUAUAAAUAGAUGCACAUGAACCCAUCCUUGCCUGCUCCUGUAUUUAUACCUCUUCUUCUUUACCUAUAGAGUAAUACAUACCUGUAUACGAACAAAAAAGUAAAUUAUAUAUAUAUAUAAAAUCAGAAAUAUAUAUAUAUAUACACAAAUGCAUCUUUUCAGGGAUAGCUCUAGUAUAUUUAUAGUACCUAUUUGAAGAGGGGUAUCAAUCUUCGGUCUGAGCUUUACUGCUUAAAUGCAAUAGGUGAACUAAGAGAAUCAUUGCCAUGACUUCCAGUCGACCUUGGACUUACUGGGAUGCUGCCUGAUAAAAUGAAUGUUUUAGAGAAAAUAGGUUGUAGCAGGGAGGACUUGGAAGGGAAUUUCUGUGGGGGUCCUGAGUUAAGCCCUCCAACACUCUACAAGGCUACCAGGAAAGGUUAUUUGGCCCUUCCUACUAAGAUACACUAACUGAAACCCAUAGGAGUACUUGGAACAGACAAGUAAAACCAGAAUGGGUGACAUUGGUUGGAGGGCAGGGAAAGGUGUCCAGGAUUAAUUCUUUGGGUGUUUUUUAAAAUAUAUAUAUAUAUUGCCCCAGCAUGCAAGUAGAAUAUAUGACUGAAAACCAAAUUAGCACUCUUCUAGGACAGCAAGACUAUAUAAACUGAACCUAUCUUGUUCCAAUGCAUGACCCAUUAUCAUCAAAGGAAGGGGGUCAAGUUUAGCUGUGCUUGUCAUUUAGAUGUAUUCUCAUGCCAAGGGCUCAGAUAUAAUCGAAAUGCCUGCCAAGAGAGCCUGGGUCUAUAAGAAGAAACACCAGCCAGAAAAAGGGUUCAGUGGCACGUGCCCCCUGCUGAGAAUGGAAGGGCAUAGUUCUUUAAGACAGCUUCCAGUGUGGUCAGGAAAGCAUUGAUGAUGGAAAAAAGCAUUAUUUCUCCACUACAAUUGAACUGAGUUUGAGUCUGGUGAGUAAAACUUGGCAGUGUCUAGAAAGGUAUUGCGCACUAAGGCAACCCCUGGAAAGGUUUCAGAGGUCUCUGUUGAGCCAUGUCAGGACCAGGAUUUGGUUAAAGUUCAUGCAACAUUCAUGUCUCUCUUUGCCUUGGACUUCCUGUGGGACUCUCCUCAAAGAUGUUUCUUCACAGCUCUUUCUUACUGGCUUUAAGCCAAUCACUCUAAGGUUUUGAGUUCUGAUUUUGCUUAGUGUUCAUGAGCACUUUUCAUUUCAUCGAUUUUUUCAGUGCCCUGCAGGUUCCAUUUGAGACCUUGUGCGAAUUCUGAGG